AUGUACCCCACCGGCCCUCUGGCUGGCCCGGCCCCGCCGCGCGGCCGCCACGCCCCGCCCGGGCGCCCUGCGCAGACGCCGCGGCCUCCCGCCCCCGCCCCGGCCCCGGCCCCCGCCGCGCGGCCCCGCGUGGCCGUGAAGAUGGCCUUCCGAAAGGCCUACUCCAUCAAGGACAAGCUGCAGGCCAUCGAGCGCGUCAAGGGUGGCGAGCGGCAGGCCAGCGUGUGCCGCGACUUCGGCGUGCCCGGCGGCACGCUGCGGGGCUGGCUCAAGGACGAGCCGAAGCUUCGCUGGUUCCUGGAGCAGCUGGGCGGCGAGGUGGGCACGCAGCGCAAGAAGAUGCGCCUGGCCAACGAAGAGGAGAUCGACCGCGCCGUGUACGCGUGGUUCCUGGCGCUGCGCCAGCACGGCGUGCCGCUGUCGGGGCCGCUCAUCCAGGCGCAGGCCGAGGCCUUCGCGCGCCAGAUCUACGGGCCCGAGUGCACCUUCAAGGCCAGCCACGGCUGGUUCUGGCGCUGGCAGAAGCGCCACGGCAUCUCCAGCCAGCGCAUCUACGGCGAGGCCGAGCCGCCCGCCGCCGGACCCGCACUCGGCCCGCCGGUCAAGCAAGAGACCCCGCCGCCCCCGGGAGCCGCCCCCCUGCCCGGCCGCGCCCCGGCCCCGCCGCCCCCGGCCGAGGGCGGCUACGGCGAUGAGCAGAUCUACAACGCCAACGUCACCGGCCUCUACUGGAAGCUGCUUCCGGAGCAAGCUGCACCCCUGGGCGCGGGGGACUGCGGCCGGCGAUGGCGGGGCGACCGGGUGACCGUGCUGCUGGCCGCCAACCUGACUGGCAGCCACAAGCUGAAGCCGCUAGUCAUCGGGCAGCUGCCAGACCCGCCCAGCCUGCGGCACCACAACCAGGACAAGUUCCCGGCUUCCUACCGCUACAGCCCCGACGCCUGGCUCAGCCGCCCGCUGCUGCGGGGCUGGUUCUUCGAGGAGUUCGUGCCCGGCGUCAGGCGCUACCUGCGCCGCAGCUGCCUGCAGCAGAGGGCUGUGCUGCUGGUCGCCCACCCGCCCUGCCCGAGCCCGGCCGCCAGGGUGCCCGCCCUGGAGGAGAGCGAGGAGACCCCCAGGAGGUUCCGGUCUGAGCUUCUGGGCCCCCCGGAGGAGCUGCAGACCCCCGACGGGGCCGUGCGAGUGCUGUUCCUGUCCAAGGACAGCGGCCGGACGCACAUCCCCGCGCCGCUGGAGCAGGGCGUGGUGGCUGCGUUCAAGCAGCUGUACAAGCGGGAGCUGCUCCGCCUGGCCGUGUCCCGCGCCGGGGGCUCCCCGCUGGACUUCGCUCGCAGCUUCAUGCUCAAGGACAUGCUCUACCUGGCCGGCCUCUCCUGGGACCUGGUGCAGGCCGGCAGCAUCGAGCGGUGCUGGCUGCUGGGCUUGCGAGCUGCCUUCGAGCCUCAGCCAGGGGAAUGCGCCGGGCAGCGGGCUGGGCAGGCCGAGGCGGCCGAGCACAGCAGGGUGCUCAGCGACCUCACCCACCUGGCAGCCCUGGCCUACAAGCGCCUGGCACCUGAGGAGGUGGCCGAGUGGCUCCACUUAGACGACGAUGGGGGGCUGCCUGAGGGCUGCCGGGAGGAGGCAGGCCCUGGCCGGCCCCCUGCACUGGCCCCGGUGGCCCCUCUGUCCCUGGGCAGCCUACCCUCUGCCAUGGAGGGCGGGGAGGAGGCGGCCGCCAUGCCCACCGCUGGGGAGGCAGUUCGGGGUCUGGAGACAGCUCUCCGGUGGCUGGAGAGCCAGGACCUCCGGGAGGUGGGGCCCCUGAACCUGCUGCAGCUGCGCUCCCUGAUCAGCACAGCCAGGAGGCUGGGGGGCAUUGGGCCCUCCCCCGCAGCCCCUGGAGACGGGGUGUGACAAGCCAGUCCCCUUGGCCCCAGGGCCUUUGUCCUGUCGCACCUGGAAGGAGGGGGCAAGGCUCCCCUCUGCCCUCCCCGGAGUGGCCACCCCGUGGCUGGGGGUUACAGGGACCCCAGCCCCCACAGGCUUGGGGGGCUCUUGGUGAAGGGAUGUCCUGCUCCACUGGUCCCCCGUCUCCUGGAGGAGCUGGAAGAGGCCCUGCUCAUGCUCCCCGCCGGCGGAGCUGGGAGGUCUGAGGCUCAGCCAGGACCCUCCCAAGCACACCGGCUCCUGCACACAUGGCACCGGUCAGCACAGCUCACUUGGCCGCCAGGACCCAGCCUCCCCCGCCCCCCCCUGCUCUCCCCCCAUGACUGACUGGACAAGGAACGGGCUGGCCCGUCUGCCCACCCUGAGCCGCGGUGCUGUGGGUUCCUGUGGCUUCUCAGUGGGGAGGCACGACGCUUGGGUGUGUUUUUGUCGCAUUAAGGCCGUUUUUACAGAUACUGGGGGGCGGGGAGGCGGUCAGUCCCCAGCCUGGGGCCAGCCUCGCUCCGGGCUCUGGGAGACAGUGCCCAGCACGCAGGCCUCCUAACGCUCUGGAUGCAGCAGGAGUGUCUGUUCACUCGGACUUCUAACUUUCCUGAGAAGAUGCAUUCUCCGAGCAGCUCUCGUUCCGUGGGGUUGGCAUGCGGCUGGAUUGGGGCCCUGGAGACGCCCAAUGACUGGACAAGCUCGCUGGACUCUCCCAGCAGCCACAGCCCACUUCGUCCAGGCCCAGGGCCCAAGGCCACCCUGCCACCUGCCGGAACAGGCUCCUGACAGCCAUCGGAACCACCUGCAGUGCCUUAGUCCUCAGGCGCCUCCCCUUGCUGGCAGCUGGCACCUGGGCUUCUGGGCGGCGGUGUAAAGCGGAGAAAAGCUUCCCGCGUUCAGCCCAGCUCUCAUAGGGCCUGCUGCCCUGUCCCUCCCGGGAGCUGCCUGUCCUGGCCCUGCCCCUGCCCCUGUCAUCCUGGUGACCAGAGGCUGCAGACGGGGUGUUUGUGGAAUGGCGGCCCCUGGAGAGGCCGCUAGAGGGCGCCCACGAGCAGAUUUCACACAAGUUCAAGACCAUGACGACCCCCCCCCCAAUACACACACCUCCAAUCUGAAAGCUGAGGGAGGGUGUGGAGAAUGGGAGCAAGGGAAGGGAGCCUGGGCCUCCCCUGCCAGCUGUGGAGCCUGCCCAGCUAGGGGGCCUCUGCAGUCAGUCCCGCCCCAGGAGCCUGCCUGUCACAGCCUCGCCGCUCCUGCUGGCAGGGACCCAGGGCCAGGAGCCCGCUGGGUGUGGGGAGGCAGACUGCCCAGACGGCAGCAGGCAAGGGUGCACCUGAGGCCCCAAGGCUCCCAGCCUCCGUGGGCUGUGCAGGGGGUGCGGCGUCCACGAGGCCGUGGCAGGUUUGCAUGGGAGCCAGGGCUGCCCCCAGGAGGAGGCUCGGCCUGUCUGGGGGCCCUAGGUAAAGCGAGGCCGGUCCACACUGACCUGGGGCUGAGAAGCUAGCUUGAGUGCCAGUCAGAUGGGGGUCUGGAGGCUGUGGCUCUGCGGGACAGGGGACACCCCCAUGAGGCCUGUAAGGGUGUCCCCUCCAAAACGGAGGCAUGGGGGGGGGGUGCCUUGGGACAGAGGCUGCAGGCGCCUGGCCCUGUGGUUCUGGCUGCCCUGAGCCCAUCCUGGUGCCCCUGGCUCAGUCACGUCUCCCUGGGCUAAGCUCCGUGUGACAUCAUAGGGCCCCUGCCAGAGGCUGCCUGUGGGGGACCCCCGAGUUGGCAGCUAAAGCUGAAAUGAACCCUAGGUGUGGCCUCACUCCACAGCCUGCCCCUCACGGUUUAUCUGCUGGGCCCAGGGGCAUGACCUUGUCCCCGGGUUUGUGAUGGCCUGAGCGGGAGGGCGGGGGCGGGGCGCAGCUGCUCCAAUCCCUCUGCCUGAAGCUGGGAACGUGCCUGGAGGAUCACACGCUCCCUGCACGGGCCCUGCAGCUGGAGGCGCUGGGGACAGCCAUCAGCCUGCGUCCCGUCGUCCACAAUCCUGACAGGCACCGACUGCACGACACAGAGCCGGGGCCAGGUCACGGUGAGAGCCCCCUACGUGGUUUUUUUGGGGUGAGACCAGGCUGCAACAGUCGGGGGGGGGGCACUGCUUGCCCAGGGGCUCCAUGCGUGGGAAGUGGCCCUGCAGACGUCAGCAGCAGAUGAAACACCGAGUGAAGUGGGAGAGGAAGGGGAGUGCCUCCAGCUGGGAGCCCACCACCCGGGGACCCCCGCCCGUUGGCCCACGUGCAGGUCCGGCUCCGGUGAAGAGCCCACGUGGGAGCAGGGCCCCAGGCAGCUUGGGCCUGGGUAAGGGUGCCCCCGGGUGAGGCCUGGCUCCGGUGCCGUGUCCCCGAGGGUGCUGUGGGCAGCCGGCUCUGAGGGGCACGCUCACCCCUGGCCUCGCUGAAGGCGGAGUUCACCUCAGGUGAGCCCAGUGGGUUUUAUAAUAAAGGCUGAACUGGUCAACGUC